AUGACUUCGUUCCCGCAGACUAUCAAGGCGCUCCAAGUUCAGGACAAUAAGUCGGUGAAGGUGGUGGAUCUUCCGUUUGCAUCGCAGGAGAAGGUGCAGAAGUUGCCGGAGGAUCAGGUCCUGGUGCGUGUUCGUGCGGUCGGUCUGAAUCCCACCGACUGGAAACAUGCUCUCGGGCCGUGGGGGAUGCCUGGCACGAUCUCCGGCUGCGAUGCGGCCGGCGAUGUUGUUGCAGUUGGCUCGGCCGUCUCCCACCUGAAGGUUGGGGACAGGGUCUGUGGCUUCAACUAUGGUGGUUCGUGGCAAAAGGACAACGGCGCGUACGCCGAGUAUGUUCGCUUCAUCGCGGCCGUCUGCUUCGUGCUUCCUCCAGAGAUGACAUACGAGGAGGGCGCAUCAUUCCCUAUUCCCCACCUCACCGCAGUGCAGGCGUUGUACAUGCGCCUGCCCUUCCCUAAGCCGCUUACUCCGGCCGCCGACGAGUUCAGGCAGAAGGGCGAGAAGAUCCUGAUUUGGGGUGCAAGCACUGCCGUCGGCCACCACGCCGUGCAGCUCGCCGCGUUGUCUGGCCUCGAAGUUUACGCCACUGCGUCCCCGGCCGCUCACGCUGACAUCAAAGCUCUCGGAGCGACACACGUCUUUGACUACAAGGAUGCGGAUGUGGCUUCGAAGAUCAAACAGGCCGCUGGAGAUAAGGGAAUCAUCUACGGCCUCGAUACUGUAUGUGAGAAGGGUAGCACCGACGCGACUGUCGAUGCUAUGUCGCCCACCCGUGGCGGUACUAUCAUCACCACGUUGCCUAUCUCGGACGAGACCAAGAACCGCCGGAAGGAUGUCAGCGUGGACUUUACGCUCGUGUACACGGAGCUCGGCUACGAAAUUAACUUUGCAAACGCGUUCCCGUUCCCGGCCAUGCACGAGGACAAGGCGCGCACGCAGACGUACAACGUGGAGGAUGCUCCCCGCGUGUUGGACGGGUGGAAGGCGGGUGUUGGUGCACCGAAGUUCAAGACGCAGAAGCUGCGCCUUCUUCCGGGCGGUCUAGAGGGCAUCGCGGAGGGCCUCAAGAUCAUGCAGGAUGGCGCAUACGGCCGCGAAAAACUUGUGUACAAGCUUGAUUAA